CAAACUAAGGAAAUUAAUGUCUUCAAAGAUUUUAGUAAACUUGUGCAUAUCUUUGGCUAUCACUAAUAUUAUCUUUCUUGCUGGGAUGCAGCCUUAUGCCUUAAAAGUAUCAGCUGCUUGUAAGGCAGUGGCUGCUCUGUUACACUACUUCCUGCUGGCAUCUCUCAUGUGGAUGGCUGUCGAAGCAUGUCACGUUUGCCUUGUUAGCGUAAUUGUAUUUAAAACAUACCAGUCACAUUUUAUCCUGAAGAGUUCAAUUUUGUCAUGGGGUCUUCCAGCUGUCAUUGUCACAAUUACUCUGGCAAUUAACUACACAAACAAUUACAUUAGAAUUGAACACGCACAAGUUUGUUGGUUGUCGGAGAUACCAUUCUAUGCUGCUUUCCUGGCUCCCGUCGGGACUAUUCUCAUCUUCAACGUUAUCAUGUUUUUUCUCGUUAUCUUGCGUCUUAUCGCAAUGCAAAAUAACAAGCUGCUUCAACACGAAACCAGAAGACUACGUUUUCUUGGAAUAUUUGGUUUGUUUUUCCUGUUCGGAUUAUCUUGGGUCUUUGCAUUCUUCGCUGUUGGGGAAGCAGCAGAAGUGUUUCAGAUUCUUUUCGUUACCUUCAGUGCCUUUCAAGGAACGUUUAUCUUCUUAUUCUACUGUAUAUACAAGAAAGAUACCAGAGACAUCAUCUGCUCGUGUAUAUGUAAACAAAAGAAAGAGAAAGCCAGUAAAGUUUUAAGAACCUAUAAAAGUUCAGGCUCUGGUGAUGGAACAGCAGAAAUGAACACAUAAAUAGAAACGUUAAAACAAACGUCUGUAAAUUGACAGAAAAGACAUUGAUGAGAAUAAUAACGAGGAUAAUCCACAAAAUAAAUCACUUAUUUCGGAUUAUAUGAAUAAAAACAUGAAGGUCAUAUAAAGAUCAGCAAAUAAAAUCCCCCUUACCACCCAUCAAAUCAUGCUUGGCUCAGCUGAAAGAAAUGGCAAAAUUAUAUAAAAUAGCAAAACCUAUCGGAAAUUCUGCAGGCUUCACAACUUAUUAUAUUCAUACUGUCCCUUCCAAAAAUAUAAUCCUUUUUAGCAUAAGAGACCCAGUAAUUAAAAGGGAUCAAUAUAUAUUUUCUUUCAUUAAUAACUAUUGCUUAAAUUAAAAUACACAUAGGAGCAUAAUUAAUGAAACAACUUAUUCAGAUUUUCUCAGGUUAAAGUAUCAUUUAUUUUAUUUCCUUUCACUUACACCCAUACCCACGAUACCUUAUUGCAUUUGUGAAUAAAAGAAUAUAUCUGGAGCGAAAUAUUUAAAUUAAAUAAUACUGCUUAUUUAAUACAAAAGAAAACGUUAUUAUAAGUAAAAUGUUUUUCCUUUUAAAUGAAGACUCUGGAGGAUGGCACUAAAUGUAAUUAGGAAGGAAGGUAUAAUCAUAU